AGUUUACAGUUUGAGGCGUGACUGCAGGAUCGGAAUCACUCUGUCUCAGAGGGGGAGUUAAAUAGACACAUGGUAUUUUUAUCGCUUUAGUUUUAUUCCAGCAGCACGUUUUCCUUCUUCAGGUUGGCCGGCUGAAAGGAGGCUUUCCGUGUUGAUCCGUUCGGUCUGGCUUUAAGGAAAACAACAACGCACCAACAACUCACCCUCACUGCCUGCGAGUGACUGAAUGCUCAGGCUGAAUUAUACAAAGUCGAGCAUUGAAGCCAAGGGAGGAAGAGAGCGAGCUGGCGCUGCUGCUUCUACGGGAACUUUUGAAAAUAAACCUUUACAACUCUCCUUCAGAUCCACGUGAAAAAAGCAAAGCCGGACUGCAAGGUCUCAGCGUUGCCUGUUGCAAUCUGUAAUUUUACGUUGCAUUUGCCUUUUUAUUUUUAUGUUACUUUCAUUUUGGAACUGCUUCCCCAGCUCCUUGGCUGAACUUUGGAGAUCAAUGGACCUUUUAUAUCUCCUGCCCGUAUUUAAACAAACUAUGGACGCUUAAACUCCCCCCACCCCCACUCACGGGGCUAACGCUGCGCGGUAGCAGCAGAGGGAGAAACACACAGGCACUUCUUUAGAGACGGGGGGAAAGAGUGCAGGGAUUUCUCAUCCUCAUUUCAUCCUCACGGAUUCUCCCGAGUCUCCUUCGCUGCUGAGAGUUGGCCCGCGUGGUGUUUCAUCUGAUUCCCGCAAGAUUUCCCCCCUCUUUAAAAAAAAGAAAGAAAUACCAUGCGUUGCUUAUCUGUAGAGACAGCUAUAUGGAGAGAGAGGCAUACAGUGAGUGCGUAUGUGUUUUCAUAAGACUAUCAAGAGAGCAGAUCAGAAGCAGCCCGGAUCCUGACCCUGACUGUAUGAAUAAUUUGCCGAUGUGCACACCGGAUCCAUCUUCCCGCAGCAGCUGCAGCAGCAACGGGAUCAGCGGAGCGCUCGGGAGCAGGCAGCCGGCGGAAAGGAUCCUACUUGCCCCGGCCCCGGAGCCCUGGCAGCAGCGGUGGAAAGUUUGGCUGGGGGGUGACAGAGGCGAGAAGACGCCCUGACAGGCGAGAUCCCUAGUCAGACUACAUCCCUCCCCCCCCCCCCCGCGCCCACCCACCCGGCAACUUCUCCCCUGCAAGGGGAGGGGGUGGAGAAGGGGAAGCAACAUUCUCCUUCUCUAUGGUAUGUCCAUAUGACUGGGGACACCUAGAGACCACAGCAUCUCAGCGGAGGAGAAGAGAAAUUUCCCCUCCAUCCCUUGCCUUCCUGUAUCGGUCCAGCGUGGACAGCAGCUCAGUCCUAGCUCCUCUCUGCCCCCUUGCCCACCUCUGUGGUAGAGGAUGACAAUGCUUUGCUGGAGGGUGGCGUUGUGGCUGGCUGGGUUGACUGCCUGGGGGAAGCUCUCCUCCUGCUCUGGCCUUGAUUAUGACUACACUUACGAUUUCAAUGAAGAAGAUAAAGCUGAAGCGAUAGAUUAUAAGGAUCCCUGUAAAGCCGCUGUCUUUUGGGGAGAUAUUGCCUUAGAUGAUGAAGACUUAAAAAUCUUUCAAAUUGACAGGACAAUUGACCUUACGCAGCAUUCAAAUGAAAGACUUGGACAUAACACAGGUGGCUUUGGUGAGCAUGGGACAUCAAAAAAACGAGGUGCCCUCUAUCAGCUUAUAGACAGGAUAAGAAGAUUUGGCUCUGGUUUUGAGCAAAACAAUUCUUCUAAGGGAAGAUCAACUGUAAAAUUCUCAGAGAAAAAUGAGAAAAACCGAUUUCCCAGAGCUGCUACGUCACGAACAGAAAGAAUAUGGCCAGGGGGUGUCAUUCCGUAUUUUAUAGGUGGAAAUUUCACUGGCAGCCAGCGAGCAAUGUUCAAACAGGCUAUGCGGCACUGGGAAAAGUACACAUGUGUUACAUUCAUUGAACGAAGUGAUGAAGAAAGUUAUAUUGUAUUUACAUACAGACCUUGUGGGUGCUGUUCUUAUGUGGGUCGAAGGGGGAAUGGUCCUCAGGCUAUAUCUAUUGGCAAGAACUGUGAUAAAUUUGGAAUUGUUGUUCAUGAACUAGGGCAUGUGAUAGGCUUUUGGCAUGAACACACACGGCCAGACCGAGAUGACCAUGUAACCAUCAUUAGAGAAAACAUCCAGCCAGGUCAGGAAUACAACUUCCUGAAGAUGGAGCCUGGAGAGGUGAACUCCCUUGGGGAACCAUAUGAUUUUGACAGCAUUAUGCACUAUGCCAGGAACACCUUCUCAAGGGGUAUGUUUCUGGAUACCAUUCUUCCUUCCCGUGAUGAUAAUGGUAUACGACCUGCCAUUGGUCAGCGUACUCGUCUAAGUAAAGGAGAUAUUGCACAGGCAAGAAAGCUGUACAGAUGUCCAGCAUGUGGAGAAACACUGCAAGAAUCUACAGGCAACUUUUCCUCUCCAGGAUUUCCAAAUGGUUAUCCUUCCUACACACACUGUAUAUGGCGAAUCUCUGUUACCCCAGGGGAGAAGAUUGUUUUAAACUUUACUACAAUGGACCUGUACAAGAGCAGUCUCUGCUGGUAUGACUAUAUUGAAGUAAGAGAUGGCUACUGGAGAAAAUCACCUCUGCUUGGCAGGUUCUGUGGUGACAAACUGCCAGAAGUACUCACAUCUACUGACAGCCGAAUGUGGAUAGAGUUCCGCAGCAGCAGCAAUUGGGUAGGAAAAGGUUUUGCAGCAGUUUAUGAAGCAAUCUGUGGAGGUGAGAUCCACAAAAACGAAGGCCAGAUACAGUCUCCUAAUUAUCCUGAUGACUACAGACCAAUGAAGGAAUGUGUGUGGAAAAUAACAGUGUCAGAGAACUACAAUGUCGGAUUAACCUUUCAGGCAUUUGAGAUCGAAAGACAUGACAACUGUGCCUAUGACUACUUAGAAGUCCGAGAUGGAACCAGUGAAAAUAGUCGUUUGAUUGGCCAUUUCUGUGGCUAUGAUAAGCCAGAAGAUAUUAGAUCUACCUCUAAUACCCUGUGGAUGAAGUUUGUUUCUGAUGGAACAGUUAACAAAGCAGGGUUUGCUGCUAACUUUUUUAAAGAGGAAGAUGAAUGUGCCAAACCUGACAAGGGGGGCUGUGAACAGCGGUGCGUGAAUACCUUGGGCAGUUAUCAGUGUGCUUGUGAUCCUGGCUAUGAACUUGGGCCUGACAAAAAGAGUUGUGAAGCGGCUUGUGGGGGACUUCUGACAAAGCUAAAUGGGACUAUAACCACACCAGGAUGGCCCAAAGAAUAUCCUCCAAACAAAAACUGUGUGUGGCAGGUGGUUGCUCCUACUCAAUACAGAAUUUCAAUGAAGUUUGAGUUUUUUGAAUUAGAAGGGAAUGAAGUUUGCAAAUAUGAUUACGUGGAGCUUCGUAGUGGCCUUUCUUCUGACUCUAAACUGCAUGGUAAAUUUUGUGGUACAGAAGUGCCUGAAGUUAUCACAUCACAAUACAACAAUAUGAGAAUUGAGUUCAGAUCUGACAACACAGUCUCAAAGAAAGGCUUCAAGGCUCACUUCUUUUCAGACAAGGACGAGUGUUCUAAGGACAACGGUGGCUGCCAGCAUGAAUGCAUCAACACUAUAGGAAGCUAUGUCUGUCAGUGCCGCAAUGGAUUUGUACUACAUGAAAAUAAACAUGACUGCAAGGAAGCUGAGUGUGAACAGAAGAUCCACAGUCCGACUGGAGUCAUCACAAGUCCUAACUGGCCAGACAAAUACCCAAGUAGGAAGGAAUGCACAUGGGAAAUCAGUGCCACUCCUGGUCACAGAGUCAAAUUAACCUUUAAUGAGUUUGAGAUUGAACAACAUCAGGAAUGUGCUUAUGACCACUUGGAAGUGUUUGAUGGAGAAACAGAAAAGUCACCAAUUCUGGGACGUUUAUGUGGCAAUAAGAUACCAGAUCCUCUUGUUGCUACUGGAAAUAAAAUGUUCCUCCGGUUUGUUUCUGAUGCAUCAGUACAAAGAAAAGGCUUCCAAGCCACACACUCUACAGAGUGUGGUGGUCGACUGAAAGCUGAAAUGAAGCCCAGAGAUCUGUACUCUCAUGCUCAGUUUGGUGACAACAACUACCCAGUUCAGAUGGACUGUGAAUGGUUGUUAGUAUCAGAGCGUGCCUACCGAGUAGAGUUAACAUUUCAGACAUUUGAGGUGGAAGAAGAGGCAGAUUGUGGUUAUGACUAUGUUGAACUCUUUGAUGGCCAUGAUACAACAGGUGUGAGACUUGGUCGAUUUUGUGGAUCAGGGCCACCAGAAGAAAUUUAUUCAGCUGGGGAUGCCGUUUUACUCCAUUUUCAUACUGAUGAUACAAUCAGCAAGAAAGGAUUUCAUAUACGAUACAGAAGUAUAAAAUAUCAAGAUAGUGUUCACACCAAAAAAUAACGCAAGAACCUCUAUGCCAGAAAAUAAGAAAGAGAGAGAGUUAGUGUGAUGGAGAGGAAGGAAGCCGUAUUUUUUUACUGACAUUAUUAGCACAAAUGUUUUAUAUAAGAGGUUCAGUUGGAAGCAAAAUGUAUAUGAUCAGAAACAUUUUAGUUCACAAUGAAACUUUCACCCAUCCCAAUGGAAUGGACAUGGUGAUGACAUGUGGGCUCCAUGCUUGACUGUCUCUGCAAAGCUGGUGAAAAAGCAUUGCAUGCUUCCAGGGAAACUAUAAAAGCUUUUGUUUCCAGCUUGAUGUUUGUAUAGAUGCUUGCAGAUUCAAUCACUUAAAUUCAGUGGAAGUGACCUUGCAGACUGUUCUUCCUUCUGAAAAUUAUCUGGUCCAGGAGAAAAAAUGCUCCUUCAGGUCACACACUCAGAAAACUGUCCUUAUAUCUUAUUGAAAUUGCUUUGGCUUUGUAUCAAGGAUACAGUGCAUGCAAAGACCAUAAAAGGAGAUAUGAAAUGGGAAAGUCUUCUGAGUUGGUCUGUACUUUUGUAGGGAUUCAUCUCUCCUGUUAGUUUACCAAUAUUUUGAAACUGGAAAAUCACAUCUCCUGAAACGUAAUUGAUUUCGUUUUACCAGCAUAUUGAAAAGUCUGAAACAUUUUAUUCAUCGCCAUUAUUAGUACACUCAGAAUUUGGAUAGUAAGUAAUUGAAAAUGUCAAGUGUAUUGGUUAAGUAAGGUAUAACUGAUGAUGUGCUCUUAUUUUGCACUGAGCCCGAUAAGAGACUGAGUUAAUGUUUAACAGACCUGUUGUAAAUCAAUCUUUAUCCACUGGGAAACAGAAAUAAUCAUGAAAAGAAUCAUCUGAAACUCCAAUUACUGAUUUCAUUUUCAGUAGUAAAAUCAUAACUGCUGCUAACUCGUAUUUCCUUGGAACAUUUUAUGAAUGAGCUAAUUAUCCGUUUUAGCUAAUCAGAAACAAAGCUGAAAGUAGUAUCCAAAAGAAACGUUUCUCAACCCAUUGACAGAACAAUAUAAUUUGUUUUCUGGAAAUAAGAAUUUCUAUAAUGGCAAAAAACAAACAGGAUUUGUUGUUGAAAGAGAAUUUCUUUGGUGCUAUUCCAUGAACAUUAAACACACAAUGAAGACGUUUUAGACGUUUGAGCCAACAACCUGCAGAUCAUGAAUGUCUCACUAUGCCUGGCUGCAUCUGAAGAAUAAAGACUUAAUACGCGUAUGACGAGAUCAUUGCAAUGGCAGCACUAGUCCUGUGGAACAACUACUACUAUUGCCUUAGAAUUCUUGCACAUGAUCAAACAGAUCUUCCUGUAGAUACAUCUUUAAUUUGAUAAAUAAUUUGACAACUUGAACAUUUUAAUGUAUGUCAACGAAAAGAUCUUCAAGCAAAAACCCAUCUGCAGAGCUUAGAUCAUCUGCUGUAAAUACAGUGACCUGCUUUUGAUGUAGAAAUAUGUUACUUUUAGAAUGAACUAUUCUAUGUGCUUUAGGCCAUACAUGGCUUUAGUCAUGAUGUAUAUGCAUUAUGUCAGUAUGUAUGAAUGAGUGCUCCAGACAGGUGAGAGGUGUUGUAUGGAUGAACGGUUAAAUUGUGCCAAGUUCUACCAGAACCCUGCUUUACUGUAGCAACUUUUCUUUAAAGGUUUCAUAGGCAGGUAAGUGGGACUUCUAGUCAGCAAGAACAGAAUUAAAAUGAAAUGUUAUGGUUCACUUACAAGAAAUAUUAUCUUGAUAUCCUUUGAUGUAAGUUGCUACCCAGAUUAGCUUAGUUCCUGUUACCUUACCAUGAACAUUCAUUGGCACUAAUAAAUCUGGUGGGUUUUUUUUUUUUUUUUGGUUUUUUUACAAAAAUAAAAACUAAACACAUGUGUAGGCGUCUUUGGCUGUAUUAACCACUGAUUUAUGUUGCUGUAUCUCCCUUUUCCCUUCCAAAAAACUCUCACAAGUGAAGUUCAAAGAAUGAAUCAUUUUUAUUCCUCCUUUGGAUAUAAUUGUACUUUUCUAAUAUUGCAUGGCUUUACUUUUCUAUGGAUCGUUUUUCAGGGUACUUGCACAAGAAGAAAUGAACAACAUAAACUGGCAGAGUGGAGCAGAGUUGCUCCAAAAUCUUUCCGUACAAACUCCUGUCAUAAAACUUAACGCAGCAGAAAACUAUGCUUUAACUUCAAUGCACAAUAUACUGGCAUAGCUUGUUCUAUUCUGGAAUGGCUUAAGAAAACAUUUUAUUAAAAUAACAUAUUUAAAGGGGUAGAAGAAGGGUUUGAGGAGGGGAUAAAGGGCAGGGUUGCUGGGCUCUUUUCACACCACAUCAUUGCAUGUAAUCUUUUUUCCCUUAUUAACUUUUGCCCUCUGGUCCCAUCACAAUAUUUUCUUACUAAGUUCAGUGUAGUGCAAACUGAACAACAUUUGCCCUAACCACACAGGAGAAUUUCAAUCCUUUCUUCCUCCCCCAACAUGCUAUACAUUUUCCCACUUGGUGAAGUUUCUUCUGACCACAGAAUUUGGCCCAUGAUGAGGAUGAUUAUUUGGUAGGCUCAUCCCAGUUUAUGUAGGGAGGGGCUCCUUCAUGUCUGAAUCUCCAGUGGGCAAUUGGGGUGGUCAGUCACCUCCAUUCUGAGGAAGACAGCUUAGACUGGGCAAGUUGAGGAGAGAAGUGAGCAAACUCAGAUGGGUCCAUCCAGAAAGCUGCAAUAUGCAAGGGCUGGGGUACAGUCUUGGAGCAGCCCCAGGAGCUAUGUUUCCACAUAUCCAGUAGCUCCAUCUCUGUGCAUACUUGGCACAGAGGGGCUGAAACACAUACUGGAAUAGCAACUGUGUGUGUAGGAGGGGAAAGAGGGCUGUUAUGGUUCUUGACAUUGGAGUACAUUGGACAUUGGAGUUAGGGCAGUAAUUUCACUUCCCUAGCCCCUCCUUGCUCUUCCUAAAUAGAGCCCAAACACUUAGGCUUUGGGCCUUGGCCCUGUCCUCCUGUAAAAGAAUUAUAAUUGGUCAAGUUAACACUAUAUCCAAAUAAGCAGGGGGAGUAUAUCCCUGGAAGGUUUUCACCUCUUAAUUUAUUAUAUAUAUAAUACACAACCAGUGGCAAUUAAAUUCAACCUAUUUUAUUACGUCGGUCUUCAAGAUCUCACAGAAACUAACAAAAGUGAGGUUAGUCUGGGGUGAGGUAGUUAUUCUGUCCUCAAUUUGUCCUUGUAUUAUUACACAUUUGGUGAAUAAUUCCACAUUGUUCUGAGAACCAUGAAACGGCUAACUACUGUAUGGUGACCUACGCGUGGGGUGACAGCCAGAUCAGAUGUUUAACAUUACUAUAACUUUGGUUUUGUAUUUAAAAAAGCUGAAAUUUUUUAAGCUUAAAUAAUUAAAAUAAUUGAGUGCAAACUUUGUUGCACUGGAGGGCUACAUUGGCAAUUUUUCAGGAGAGCAAGGGCCAAGCUUAAUUUUUAUAAAAUGGAGGAAAUUGCUGUUGACCUUAUAAAAUAAAAGCCAUGCUAACUCUUGAACUGACCGAUUUCUGUUCAGCUCAAGAUGAAGCAUUAUAUAUUGGCCCUGUAGUCCCUGUGCCACACCUUCUCAUUACAAUUUGAGUGUGGCCACAGUUUGAGAGUGGUCACCCAGCCCUUCUGUUGUUGUUGUUAUUAUUUAUUAAUAUUUUUGUUGUGGUAGGAUUUAUGGAUCCCAUAUUGGGGUUAGGAUCCCACUGUACUUGGCACUGUACAAACAAAUAGCAUAGACCCUGCUCCAGAGAGCUGGGUACAGACAAUACUGAUCAAAUGUCCACUGCACUCAAUGGUAACUGUUCCAUUGACUUCAGUGAUGUUGGAUCAAGCCCCAUGAGUAAGGGUGGCGGAGUAAGGUAAUGAAGACAUGUGAUUUCAUAAGUUAGUAAUUGGCUGAAAUUAAAGCAUCACUGCUGUUUUUCAUUUAGAUGCUUGUAAAAUUAAUUAGAUAUAAAUGUGAAGAAUGAAAUCUGAACAUAAAAAAGUUAUUGCAAUGACAGGAGCAAAAAAACUGAACAGAGGAUUAAAAAUAUAAUUACACCAGAAUGAAGAGAUACAUAGUUAAUUUAUAAAAAGAAAGAGAUCUUAGUGGGCUAAGUUCUUCCCUCUGUUUACCCUGGCAACACCAUUGGCUUUUUUCAAAGCCUAUGGGGUUGCAGUGAUGCAAUGAUGAAUGGAAUUUGGCUGAAUUACAUUAUAAGUAUUUUAUUUCACAGAGGCUGAGUGAAGGCAUGUACAGUUUAAAACCAACACUUGUGUAACAGAUGUGCUAAUCCUCCAAUUAAUCUUUCAUAUGCAUUAGAAUGCUUUGUACUAUAUUGCUUCCAUCUAUGCUAAAGAAGGCUUAUGGAAUUAGCUAGAUGUGUAGGGUAGUCACUACUCUUUGUCAUCCCUGAAACUACAUCUGAACUCUAGACAACAUAAAAGUGAUCUGUUUUCAAGUCAGUGAAUUGUAUGGUGAGCUAAGUUCUUGCAACCCAACCCAUGUGCAAAAGAAAAAGAAAAGAAAAAUGGCUUAUCCUGACUUACCUUUUGCUUACUAGCAUAACUAAUGCCAUAAUGCAAUUCUUCAGUUUUUCCCCUUAGAAAUCUCAAUUUUAGCUCAUGGGACAAAUAUAUAUAGAGAUAGUUGAAGUAACACAGAUGUUCUUAUGCAUGUUGUAAUUAAGGUAAUCAAAGUCAGUAACCCCGUCAAAGAAGGAAAUUAGGUUAGGUUGGCGAGAUUUGUUCUUGACAAAUUCAUGUUAGUUGUUACUUGUCAUCCUCUUAACCUGUAGAUGCUUACAAAUUGAUUAUGUAAUUGUGUUCCAGUAUCUUUCCAGGUAUGCAGGUUAGGCUGACUGAUCUUUAAUUCCCUGUGUCCAUUUAGUCUCCCCUUUUAAAGAUGCUUAAACUAUGCCCUUUUCAAGUCCCCUGGGACAUCAUUCUCCUCCAUGAAUUCUCAAAGAUUGUCUCUUAUGGGUCCAAGAUUGUUUCAGUUUGGUUCUUACGAACUGUAGGAUGAACGUCAUCCAGCCCUGCUGACCCGAAUACAUCUAAUUUAGCUAAAUAUUCUUUAACCUGUUCUUUCUCUAUUCUGGCUUAUGUUCCUUACCCUUUGUUGUUAAUAUUCAUUGUGUUCAUGGAGGAUAGGUCAAUCAAUGGCUAUUAGCCAGGAUGGGCAGGGAUAGUGUCCCUAGCCUGUGUUUGCCAGAAGCUGGGAAUGGGCGACAAGGGAUGGAUCACUUGAUGAUUACCUGUUCUGUUCAUUCCCUCUGGGGCACCUGGCAUUGGCCACUGUCAGAAGACAGGAUACUGGGCUAGAUGGACCUUUGGUCUGACCCAGUAUGGCCGUUCUUAUGUUCUCAUAUUCAGCAUUUAGUCACAAGUAACCUUUUUAAUGAAGACUGAAGCAAAAGGGAAAUUAAAUACCUUACUCUUUAGCUCUCCUGACCCACUAAGUACGUUUUGUUCCUAAUCAUCAUGAAACCAGAUUUUGAAUAACAAAAUCUUCUGGGAAUCAGAAUUGUCUUUCUCUGCCCAGCUCUAGUUAUCAAGCUGUUAGUAUAUUAAAUAAUGACAAUAGUAAUAGUUUGGACUUAUAGGGCUCAAUCCUGCACCUGAUCAAUUUAAUGGCAAAGCUUCCAUUUAUUGAGUGGUGCAGGAUUAAAUUCAUAUAGCACUUUUCAUUUUUGACUCUUCACAUGCUUUACAAAUUAACGAACUUAAGCUUCAGAAGAUCCCCAUAAGGGAGAUAAGUCUUAUUUGCCCCAUUUUACAAAUGAGAAAACAGGCAUAAGGAGGUGAAGUCAAAGGGAUAUCCAGGUUAUCAGCACCUCUGGAAAUCAGGCCUUCAGUGUCUCAAUUUGGGGAUCCAAAACCUGAGGCAUUCUAAAUUAAAGGACACAUUUUUGUAUUAAUUUGGCUCUUUCUGACUUGCUCAAGGCCACAUAGUACAUUUAAGGUAGAGCCAUGAAUAGAAUUCCUUUCCCCAGUCUCCGCCUUAAUCAUAAAGCCAUGUUGAGCUCUGUAGGAAAAUUCUGACUCCCUUUAAAAAAAGACUCUUUUGCAUAAGGUAUUUUAAAGAGAACACAAUACAGCUUUUAAGAUUUCAACCAUCUUAGUACUGAGAAUAAAAAAAACCCAAAUCCUGUAGUACAGCAAGUGGUUGCAAGUCACCUCAGCAUCAUAGGGUUAAGUUAAGGGCCAAACUUUAAAAGCGAUAUGAUUUUCAGUAGCCACUUCAGGCUAGGAACAUUACAGUGUACUAUGCCUACCUUAAAAAUGACAUUCUCCAGGUAAAAGAAAAAAAUGGUUGAACCUGCUAAACUUGAUUUAAAAUUUUUGCUAACCUGUUGAGUGUUUGGGACAGCCGUGCAAAGUUACUGUUUUACAUCACCUUCAUUUUCAGUGCUGUGGCUGUGUAGGGACUCUGCUAAGAGAGGUGGUGGGUGCUGGAGAGAGGAAUGGGUUGCUGAGGCAGCCCUUCUCCCUACUCUCAGCUACUGCCAGUAGUCUGCCUCAGAGUAUAUAGAUGGCUGUACUCUAGCUUACAUGAUGGGACUUUAAGGAGAACAUGGUGCUGUAAGAGUGCUGCUGUACUAUCAGAGCACUAUUUCACCCUGUGACUUCCUUUGGACUGCAACACCAUGGGCCCAACUUUCAAAUGUGGGGACUUAAAAAGGAUGUCCAAAUCAUGCAUUUGAUCAUCAGAUUGACUCUAAUGGCACAUAAAAUGGUCAUUAACAUGCUAAUCUGAACUCAUAAAUCCUUCAGAAAUGGGCUUUAGCUGUACAGCUAAAAGACCUUUCUCAUGAUGUGAAGAGAACCUUUAUAUUGGGGAAAUUUUAUGAGUACAUAUUUAGCUUAGUGUGUGGUAACAUAACUGUACAAUACCUAUUAAUAAUUGGAGGUUGUUGCCUCCCACUAUUAGUCACUGAAAAUUUACCCUUUAAAGUCUCCACAUUUUAAGUAUACAUUUGUAUGAUAUUUAUCUGUAAAGCAUAGAAAGCCUUGUGAGAAAUUUUAACACUAUUUUUAUUCUCAAAGAAAAGAUCCUGAAAUUGCCUGUGAGUAAUGUAGUCCAAGGUAAGUGAAAUCUUUGGAGUGCUUUGUACACAUGAAACACUAUCAGUUAUUCAAACACUUUAUAUCCAUUCACAGCUCCCACAUUGGUCCAUCCUUCUGUUCCAGUUCAUCAGUUAAUGGAACCCUUAUCCCCAAUGGUACAGAUUUUGCCUAAGUUCUGUUACUAGACAACAAUAUGCGAGGUGUAGCAUCAAAUGCUGCCCACUAAUAACAUGUUAUAGACCAAAUUACUCAAUAUAAGGUUAUUUUUAUUCAUUUCUAUUCAAAGUUUAUCACACUUUCAGUUAACAUUUCUUAAUUAUCAGUGCAUUUUUCUGAAAACUGCAGAAUCUGCCACGCAGUCUUGUAAUUUAUUUUUAAUUCUGUGUUUAUUUAACUAUCCCCCCCCCCACACACACACACCAUUUCUUCAGUUUGCUGUGGCAGUGGGGGUUAUAGGUGGAUCCAACACUUGGGUAUCACAGAACUGUCAGAAGCAUGAAACUCUGAAAUUUGAGGAAGGGAUGUUGUACCACACAAAGGCCAAUGAUGUUAAACUGGAAACCCUGACUGAGAAUUUACAAUGAGUAAAAACUAAGAAAAGACUUCAAAAUGCAUUAGACAAAUUAAGAGUAUCUUUGAUUUUUUAAAAAAUGUAUGUGAGAAGAAUAGAAGAAAUGCUAGACGUUGUGAAAGGGACUUCUACCUUAACUUAUUUGUCAGAACUCUUUGGACUAGCAUGAGGCAUACUAAGGGAAACAGUGUUGUGCUGUAAAGUAGUGUCUAGAAGCAAAUUUCAGGAAAUAUUGUUAAUAUAUAAUCUAGUGUACUAUUAAUAACAAAGUAGGUAUUCUAUGUCUCUUAAGGGUUUUUAUUUUUUCUAUCCUAGAAGAGUCAUUUGUAGAGCAGAGUUAUACAUUAAAGUGACUUCAUAAAGUGCAUAAUUCUUAGAUAUGUUGAUGUAUACCAUGAAAGACACAGAAUCAUACACUUUGCAUUCACUUUGCGAGUCACUAUUAUAGUGUUACUUCUGGAAUUAGACACCCUUCAGAUGCACACUUUUUAAAAAGCAUUAGUUUUUCAGAUAUCCCUGAAGCAUAUGUCAUGACCAGUAAAGGUUUGGUGCUUUUUGUUUGUAUAAUUUUGAAUAAAUGGCAUUCUUACUUAUUUAUCAAAUUUCAAAUGUUAAGCUGUUCUGGUGACAGUUAUCACCUUUUCAUAUGGAUAAUCAGCAGUUAGUAAAUCUUGCUUUGACUGUCAAAGUGGAUCUUUAGCUAAAGUAGCAUUCAGAUUAUACUUAAAGCAGGAAAAUGCAUACCCAGAUAAUAAAUAAUGACUUGCUUUAUUAGUCAUAUAAGAAUGUUUUCUUUACAUAAUUACAAGAUACAGAGAGAUUAAUGUUUGAUAUCAUUUAAAAUGCAGUGAAACUUUAUUAGGCAUCAUCCUGUCUUAAGAGACAACAUCAAAGUUUCCCCUAACACAUAUUAGGCCAGAUCCUCCAAUGUUUACUGUUAAGAUAACUUUGUGCCACCCUGCUCAUUCUUGGUAGACCAACAGCCACCAUAACCAGAUGUCAGAGGAUCCCCCAGUGGAAGCUCCUGUGAUAGGCUCACCCUAAUGACUCCGAUCCCCACCCCAUUCCCUGUAGCCGCUGCAGGGUUUGUGGAUGGGGAGAAAAGAGUCUGGGCAGGGUAUCCCUCUGCUAGGCUGUUGUAACUGCCCUUUCAAGCCUCUGGAAGCCAGCCCAAGUUAGAACAGUUGGUAAUGACCGGCACAGAGUGGCACUAUGAGCUGGGAGUGCAGUAAGCCACCUUUGUACCACUCCCCCCAACUUGCAUUUACUGCUUCUUGGCCAGAUCCCAGUAUCUUGCUUAUGAGUGACCUGCUGUAUUAGACAAGCAAUGUUUUAUCUGUCCCUCUUUUGAGUGGUCAUUUAAAACAGACCUCAGAGUGUUUGCUAUAAAGAGCCUCAUUUAUUUAAAAUGAAAUAUACAGUGAAAGAAUUUGCCAGUAUUCCCUUUCUUGAAUAUGAUAUAUAUAUAUAUAUAUUCCAUCUACUGAAAGAGGCUGACUAGGGAAGAUACAAAUUCAGUACUUUUAUCUGAAAUUUGAAAACAAAUUACCUUGAAAAAGAGCAAGUGGCAAGAAAAACAGCUUUCGAGUCUCAUAUUUUGCUGUUGUAAAUUAUUUGGAUUUGUCUUGAUCUAUCUUUUAAAAAAAACACUUGAGGCUGAACACGUCAAAGCAGAAUUUGAAAACAAGAAGCACUGUUGAGAGAGAGAGAAAAAGCUGAAGAAUGAAAGAGCGGUGAUUAAAUGUGGUGGUGUCAUCAAUUCUGGAAGACAAGAGAAAGUCUUUUUUCUUUUUGUUCAUGCUUUUCAUUGCUGUAUGAUCAUGGAAAAUAUCCCAAUGGUUGUUCGAAAAUCCCUUGUGGUGGUGAAGCUGUUGAAUGAAGAACAGCUGUGUGCAUCCUAAGCGAGAUGGAUUGUUUCAAGUGAAAUGGUCUCUGGAAAUAGCGUUCAAAUGAAAAAUGUUCACUACUGCCAUCACCCUUACUGUCUGCUGUACAUCCAGAAAGAAGCGAUGUAUAUGCCUCUUAUAGACCCAUGUUAAAUACUCCUGGUUCAAAUACUUGUGACUUGGGAAUACUUAAUAUUUGUUGUUUUAGUUUCCUGUUUUCUUUCUUUACAUUAAAAAAAAAAGUUGUGAAAAUCAGACGCGAGUUUGCAGUUAAACUCAUCACAUCAGAGGUACUUAAUGAAAUGAACCUUUGGCACAAAUAAUACACUUUUGUCAAGGAACUAGAGUAUUCUCCAAACUACAUCCCCACCCUUGCUUAGUUUGUAUUUUGUCAUAUAUCUUUGCUGAACUACACAUCUGCGCAGAAAAGCAUUUAUCAUUUUUAACUUACUUUUAUUUUCCUAUUAGAAAUCCUAUUAGAAAUAGAAAUCACCUUUGAGUGAAAUGAUCUUCUCCAUACAGCUGUAUUUAAUUCUGCAAAAGUGGGCUUGGGGAAAUGAGAUCUUGUUCAUACCAACUAAGUGAUUAAAUCUUUGAACAAAAUUAUGGUAGGUAGCAUGGUGGGUUUUUUUUUUUUUUUUUUGGCUUUGCUGCUUCUGUGUAUUGCCUUAAUGUCUGAAACAAAGUAUCUGUGUUUUGGGGAGGGUAUUCUGGGACAGAUUCACCAAACAUGAGUUAGUUUUAAUGCAAUUAGCUGCCUCAUCUUAUUUCAUUAAGAUCACAUUGAAAUUUUGAGAAUUGCCUCUGUUCUGCUUUUACAUGCCUGGGAACUUUCAGUACAAUGGUUUUUAUUUAACUUUUUUUAAAAAAACAACAGCAGCAGCACUUCAUUCUCCAUUAAGGCUCUGCCCUUGCAAACUCUUAUUGCACAUGUUUCACUUUAAGAAAGAGUACUUCCUGGAGCUACUCACAUGCUUAUAGUUAAGUAUUUGUUUGUAGGAUCAGGGCGUAAAUCAAUAAUUCAAGAAGUUGAUCUAUAAAUUCCUUUUAUGGUCUGGUUCCAGUGCACUUUAAAGACCAUCUGCCUCUCUCUCUCUCUCUCUCUCUCUCUUCAUUCCCUGCCUGGAUAGUUGAGAUUAUCUGAGACAUCUGAUCCGAUAGUCCUCAGAUAUGUUUGUUUUGAAGGGUGAGGCAGGGGUAGGUCACAACUCUUUAUUUUGCUCCUAAGAAAACUCAGUUUUCUUGAACUGCAGAUCAUACCAAUCUGUUUACCUGGACUG